CACCUGUUCCAGCACCUAUCCCACCACACAGCAUCGCUUUGUUAUUUUUCUCGCACUAUGAUAAGCCAUAGAUUACUGCAAUCAUCAGAACAAAAUGGACGAAGUUGAUGACCAAAAUAGCCUGAUGUCCGUCCUGAUACUCGACGGUUUUAAUUUCAACGAAACAGAUAUCACUGAACAGAGGGAUGAUGAAAGAGGUAGUGCAGUGUAUGGAGACAGCGCAUAUUCAGAGGACGAAGACAUAGGUGAUGCCACCCAGUAUUAUUCAGACCAGUCAGAGGAAGGAUCGAACCAAGAGGGAUAUGAAUAUGAUAGUGGUCGACUCCGCAGGCUAGCAGACUCCCUCUUGAUUCACAACACGCAGCAAUAUUAUUAUUGCACCGCUCCGGAGCAUAGAUGGCUAAGCGAUAGCGAUUUGAUGAUAGACGGUGUUGUCGCUAUUGUGACAUGUCGCUGUUUUCAUCCUGAGCAUCGUAAAAGGCUGAAGGGAGAAUUGAAGAAGAUGAAUCGGAUAUGCGAGACUGCUAUAUCAGAAAUCCCGCCAAAUGUCAAACCUUGGGAGAGAGAGCAGCUUAGAAAAUUAGGUGAAAAGGUGAAGAUGCUGUAUGAGUCUGCGUAUGACGAAGCUCGCGCAAUUUUCAUGAUGCAGAAAUAUCAUGAAAAUGAAGACUACUGCAAGUUUUGUCAGUACGUGGCCCGAGCGCUCCUUUCGCCGCUGCACUAUAGGAAUUUCCUGGAUAGAGAGACAAUACUCAGAGUGCAUGUUCUAACUCGCAAGGAGAUAGUGCUCGAGAAGGUCGGCUAUACGGAAUGUCUCUAUUCCCAAGUGCAUCAGCUGCAUUCAAACCGAGACAAUUCCAAGAUAAGGAAGGUGCUUGAACCCCUCAUACAGUAGCAAGGCUAUAUGCCAAUUGACGCCCAUCCCUGUUUUACAAUAAAACUUGAAGGUGUUAUUAUGUUUGGGUCAGCUUGAUUAAACCUCAUAUACCGCUUGACAACUAACUAUCUGUGGCUCACAUAUCCGGUUUGGCAUGCUUACAAACUGCGUUGUUAAGGCAGCUCUAACUACUGUUGCGGUGAUGUGCUGACAAGCCAAACCAAACCGAAUCAGUUGCAGAUAGGCUCAGUCUGGCCUUUGUAGCGCCCCAGUGGUCCGCGUUCAAUACUGG